AUUACGUCAAAUUGGCUCCCAUCGUGCUUGUUCCCUCUCGCUCUCAAUAUGCAAGUUUCUUUUGCUUGCACAGAGCAGACAUUAAGAAGUAGGACCAGUGAGGACCGUCUCUGCCCCACUCGCCCUUCUGGCGGGCCAAAUGGGGGAAAUGGGGGGCAGACGAAACAACGCACCCCCCCGCCGGAGACAAAAAACACUAAUAAGCUUCUCCCCCUUCUCUCAAACAUCCUGCGUGAGUCUACUGGUAAAUCUACUGGCAUGAAAUACAGGAAUCUAGGAAAGUCUGGAUUACGUGUCUCCUGUUUAGGAUUAGGGACCUGGGUAACGUUUGGAUCUCAGAUUUCAGAUGAGGUUGCAGAAAAUCUCAUGGCUAUUGCCUACGAACAUGGGGUCAAUCUGUUUGACACUGCGGAGGUGUAUGCGGCCGGCAGAGCAGAGAAGACUUUGGGUAACAUUCUUAAGAAGAAAGAAUGGAGACGUUCCAGUUAUGUGGUUACAACCAAAAUCUACUGGGGAGGCCACGCAGAAACCGAGAGGGGCUUGUCACGAAAGCAUAUUAUUGAAGGUCUCCGGGGGUCUCUACAAAGGCUGCAGCUGGAAUACGUAGAUAUUGUUUUUGCGAAUCGUAUGGAUGCCAAUAGCCCAAUGGAAGAGAUCGUACGGGCCAUGACCUUUGUCAUUAACCAGGGGAUGGCGAUGUACUGGGGCACAUCCCGCUGGAGUGCAAUGGAGAUUAUGGAGGCCUAUUCUGUGGCCCGCCAGUUUAACCUCAUCCCUCCUGUGUGUGAACAAGCUGAGUAUCACCUCUUCCAGCGUGAAAAAGUAGAGACUCAACUCCCUGAGCUGUAUCAUAAGAUUGGUGUUGGCUCCAUGACCUGGUCUCCAUUAGCAUGUGGCAUGAUUACUGGCAAAUAUGCGGACACUAUCCCUGAAAAAUCUAGAGCUUCCUUCAAGGGAUAUCAUUGGCUGAAAGAAAAAGCAGUGAGUGAAGAAGGAAAAAAACAGCACUUAAAGGUGAAGGAUCUGCAUGCCAUCGCUGAGCGCCUCCACUGCACAGUCACCCAGCUGGCCAUAGCAUGGUGCCUGCGCAGCGAGGGAGUCAGUUCUGUGCUUCUGGGUGUCUCCAAUUGUGAUCAGCUUAUUGAGAAUUUGGGCUCCAUCCAGGUUCUCUCACAGAUAACGCCUCAGAUCAUAAUGGAGAUAGACCAGAUUCUUGGCAACAAACCCAACAUAAAGAAAGAUUCCCGAGCGUGAGGACCUCCCCUCCGCCUUUUGGAAGAAUCCUCGAAAUGUCCUCAACGACUGAGGUCAUAGGACAUAUGAAAUUACGCUCGCCUGGUGCAUGGUCCCCCACUCUGGCAGUGCUGAGAGAGCGGGAGGAGUACAUUUAGCCAGCAAUAAUGGAAGGAAAACCAGCUGCCUGCUUAGUACUGUGGGGUCAAUACAAGCAUUACUUCAUGUCACCCUGCGAGGGGAGGGGCAGAGAUAAAACGACUAAACUGGUACUAGCAUGGAAAAGAUUUAAAGAAGGGCUGAUUCAUGGCGCUCAUAUUCCUUAUUCCUGAUUUUCUCUAUAAAAGGACUCAUAGCUCCCUUCUGUCUGUA